UCAGCUGGACUUGAAUUUUAAUCAGAAGAAUUUACACAUGAGAGAAGACAAUACGGUCUGAGAAGUGAUGGUAUAUGAUUGUAGCUGAAGAUGAGUUUUAAUAUUGACCAGAGCAUUUCAACAACAAAUCCUCUGUCCAAUCCAGAAGCAACCUCAACAGACGCAAUGACAGAUUCUCAAAAGGUUGCAUGUCUGCAGGCACAAGGAGAUGAAGCAUUAAGAAAAGAGAACUAUGAGGAGGCUGUGCAAUAUUACACCCAGGGGCUAAUGCUGGAUGCCAAGGAUUGCCAGUUACUGUCAUGCCGUGCCUUGGCAUUCAUUCAGAUGAAACAAUAUGAGGCUGCAAGGUUGGACGGAGAAUUCCUGAUACAGAUCCGGCCAGAGGCUCCACAGAAUCAUUAUUUGCUGUUCCUGGCUAACAGAUACCUUGGCCAUCUCCAAAAGGCUUUCCAGUCUCUACUUCGCUGUUUGGAGCUUGAUUCAAUGCAUCGGAAUGAGAUUGUGAUAGACCUUUACAAAGCCACCAAGAAGCUGUGUAAGAUUGAAACACACGACAAGUGCUGUGAUGAGAAAGGUCUCGACGAGCUGCUUCUGAAGAUUGGGUACCUGCUCUGUGAUGCUGCACUACAUGAGCUCUGCAUUCAGCUGGUCAGCUCAGCUGUACAGCUUUGUCAGUCAAUAAUGAGUGAUUCAGUCCGCAUGCAGUUCCACCUGAUCCAUGCGAAUUGUUAUUCAGCAACAAACCAAAAGGACAUGGCCAAAACAGCCUAUGAAAACUGUCUGAAGUUGGCAGUCAAGCUGAGCAGCACUCAAGAGCAAAUCAAGUGCUGUGCAGGUCUUGCUGAAGCGCAUAUGACAGCUGGCUGCCCGGAAGAAGCCAUUCGAUACUACCUUGAGCUGCUCGCAAUCCUGGAGAAGAGUGAACAGGAAGCCCGGGACCGAUACUCUGGAUAUGAGAGUCAUGCUUUAUCCAUCAGAGAGUUCUGGAGCUCGGAGAGACAGGUGACUGUGUACCUGAACCUGACCAAGGCCUAUUGGAUUAUUCAACAGCACCACAAAGCAUUAGUCUUUGGGAAGAAGUAUCUGGAACAUUUAAUCGGGGGACCACCGACUGGAUACUGCCAGGACGUAACAUCUGCUUAUCAUCAGGUUGCGAAACUUCAAGAGAAAUUGGGACUUUACAAUGAGUCUGUGAUCAACUACCAGCAAUAUUGUGAACUGAGCAAGAUGCUGGGCAACAGUAUCGCAGCUGCAGAGGCCCACGGAGCGAUGGGUGUCAUUCAUACAGUGCUCGGUAACUAUGACCUUGCAGUGACCCACGCUCACCAGAGUUUCAACCUAUCAAAAUCCAUAGGAGAGCGACAACUUCGAUUAGCAGCAAUGAUUAGACUUGGGGACAUAUACAGGACAACGGAGAACUUGGAGGAAGCAGCAAACUGGUACCAACAAGCUUGGGAUCACGACAGCAGAGGAGAUGAUCCGAAACUGAAGUGCCAGGCUGCACUGGGUUUAGCAGAGGUUUAUAAAGAUACAGCUCAGUAUCGCCAUGCCUUGUACUUCUAUGAGCAGGCUCUGGAAGCUGCAGAGCUGGCUGGAGAGGAUGAGCUGAUCUACAGGUGUAAGUUUAAGAUAGCAUGCAGCUGUCAAUUCUCCUGCUUAGCAAAGGAGCUGAUGAAAGGAUGCAAUGCCUUUAAGGAAGUGAUAGCAUAUUACUGUUGGCUCAGUAGAAGAUUAACAGUUGAGGGGAUCACACUACCAAAAGAGACCAAUGAUAUUCUCCUAGAGAGCUAUGAUGGGAUCCAAACAAUCCUUGAAAAACUAGGUGACAGAAUAAAGAUAUUCCAGUAUGCAGAGGCUGGCAGGAGACACAAAUUUCUAACCUAUACGUGCAUGAUAGAGGAGCUCCCAGUUUGGAACAAUGUGAUAGAUGAAUCUUCAAUUCCAUUCAUCCCAAGUAUCGAGGAGCUUUACAGCAUUCUAGAUCUCCUAUCUGGGCCAGUGUUGUAUUACUCACUGGUAGACACAGGUCUCUAUUUGUGGGUGCUGAAGGCAAGGGAAGGGCUGGUACAUUUUCAUGCCACCAGCAGUGUGGUGUCGGAAGUAAUCCACAGGCAGAUCUGCCAGUUCCUGCAGCUGGUGAAGAACAAGUCCCUGCUUUAUGAGACUGAGGCCAGGAACAUCCCGAAGAAAAGGCUGAGGCAAACCACUGUCGGGAAACGGAACAAGAGACAGCAGGUGCCUCACUCAUCGUGUAAAGAUUCCCCGACAGCAGAGCGUCUGCUGGAAGGUGAGGAGGAGAUUGAGCACUGGAAGCAAAUGUACCUGCUGCUCUUUGGACCUGUGACUGAGCUGCUGGAGGAGCUGCAGGAAGGCAGUGACCUCCUCAUCGUGCCAGACAAGCACCUCAUCCAGGUGCCCUUCGCAAACUUGCCGGAUUUGAAGAAUAAGAAGCUGGGAGAGAGAUUCUGUGUUACCCUUGCUCCAUCUUUGUUUGCAAUUGAAAUUGUGGCAAAUCUGAUUAAAAAUCCUAUUACAAACAAGUCAGAGAGACCUGUUACAACAAUGGGUAUGCUGGAGCAGAUGGGUGGAUCUCACCAGGAACUGUGUGGGCUACAGAAUCUGGGACUCAUGGACACUGUGAAUCACCUUGUCAACUGUACAUCUACAAAUACCAUUGUUGCCAGAUCUCCAUACUUCAUUCCACCAUUCAAGCAGAUAUUCAGCAAAUCCCAGGCACUGGUUGUGGGAAGCCCACAUUUCUCUUCACCAUUGUCCUUGUGGGGAAGAGUUUGGAAGCCUUGGGGACCAUUAAUCGGAGCCCAGAAGGAGGUUAUCAAAGUGGCUGAGUAUCUGCAAACAGAGGCCGUCAUGGGCGAGGAAGCAACUAAAAAACGUGUGCUCAGCCAACUUCCGCACAUGGCAAUCGUGCAUAUCGCAACUUAUGGAAGCUGGGAGGAUGGUGUGUUGGUCUUUACCCCACACCCACCUCCAGUUGCAGGAGAACUAGUGGAGGAGCGUUCCUAUUUACUGACCAUUCCUGAGAUCCUUGAGCUGAAAUUGAAGGCCAAAAUUGUCGUCUUAUCCAGCUGUGGAGACGGAGGGAUUAAUCAGGAUCCUGUCGUGCCUUUGGAACUGCCCACUGCCUUCCUCAGAGCUGCUCCUGGAGAAGGGUUUUCCGAGGCUCCUAUUCUGUAAUCUUCCAUUGAAGCACAUGAUUUGAAGAAGCUGAUCCUUGUUCUUAUUCCCAUGGCCAUUGCUGGGGACUGGAGGUGUAAAGGUGCAGCCUGCUAGCUUCCUUCCAAAAACCUCUCGCUGCCCACAAUAUGCCUGGGAGUCCUAUGACUUUGCACUCUUUGUAAAGUCUUUAUAAAGAUGAAACUUGAAGUCAAUUGGGCAUAGCUAUGAAAA